UUGAAAUAAAUUAAAUUAAUAUAAUUCUAUUACAUUACCAUAAUGUUAAAAUAAAAUAAUAAUAAUAAUUUUUUUAAAAGACAAAAAUGGGUUGAAUAAAAGCAUUUACAAUAUCUAAAUAUUCAUCACUUAUAUUUCACUACAUUCAUCUAAAACAGUUGCUUAAAUGACCUCUAUUGCAGAGGCUACAAUUAUCCCUCCCCAGACUCGUCCAACAUAUGAGAAGUCCUUGUCCCUAAUAUAAUUUAGAAAUGGGCCCCAGAUACUUUGAAACCUCUCUUGUUUGUCCUUGAGUGUGUAUGUAAUUUUUUCCAAAGGUAAACACAAAGACAUUUCCUUGAGCCACUGCCCAAUACUUGGUCUAACAUUACUUUUUUAUGUUAAUGCUAUCGAUCUCUUGGCUAGUGAAAGGCACAUCUACAAAGAUUUGUUCUCCACGUUUUAUAUUAUGUUCCUCCGGAUAGAUGCCAAGAACAAAACACUUAGGUUCCACAGCUAUUUGGAUUGAUAAAAUCUCCUGUACUACUAAUCCAACUUCUUCCCAAAAUUCCAUAAUUCUUAGACAUUUCCAUAUACAAUGGAAAAAUGUUCCCUUAUUCUCACUACACCUCUUACAUAAAUCUGCAAUGUUGGACUUAAAUUUAUUGAGUUUUACUGGUGUAAUGUAUACUCUGAUUAAUCAAUUGUAUUUCAGAAGUUUUAAAUGUGUUAGCGGUUUGAAUUUGAGCUCUAUUACAUGCCUCAUUUCACUCUUCAAUUGGUAUUUCCUCUUGUAGAUCAUCCUCCCAUGCUUUCAAUUUAAAUUCUGAGGAUUCAAGUGAUCUAGCAAUCAACAAGUCAUACAUUUCCGAUAUGAUUACCUUUCCAAAGGGUUUUUUAAUUAGCUUUCUCCAGUGAGGAUAGGCUGGGAUGGCCAUGGAUUGUUUUUGAUUAGAUCCAAUAAAGCUCUUGAGAUGUAAAUAUUUUUUAAAAUGUUUACGGGGGACAUUGUACAUAAUGACAAGUUCCUCAAAUGUUUUAAUGUUGUCAUCCUCAGGACUAAAAACAUUAUUAAUUAGUCUUAUUCCCUUGUCAGCCCAUAAUUUAAAACCUCCAUCAGCCCUGCCAGGCACAAAAUAAUUAUUACCCCAAAUUAAGAUAAAAUAAGAUAAUCCUUCAUUAACCCCACAGCAGGGAAAUUUGCAGUGUUACAGCAGCAAAGGGGAUAGCGCAAUAGCAAGGAGCAUCAGUAAAAAAUAUCAUAGAUAUAUACUAACAAUAUACAAACAAUAUAAAUAAUAGUGCACAGUUUAGUAUACUUUAUACCUUAUACAGUGAUAUUGCACAUGAGUUGAUUGCUCAUGAGUGGAUUAUCAGUUUUUGGUGUGUGUGGUCUACUGGGAGCAGUGUUAGUUGUAAAGUCUGACAGCAGCAGACUUUACACGCACUGUGAGUGAAGCCUGUCACUGAAGGAGCUGCCCAGUGCUGUUGGGGUGACCUGCAUGGGGUGGGACAUGUUCUUCAUCAGGGAUGAUAGCUUAGCCAUCAUUCUCCUUUCUUCCACCACCUCCACUGGGUCGAGGGGGCAUCCCAGGACAGAGCUGGCCUUCUUAACCAGUCUGUUAAGUCUCUUCCUGUCAGCAGUCGAGAUGCUGCUGCCACAGCGGACCACUCCAUAGAAGGUGGCUGAUGCCACUACAGAGUCAAAAAAGGUCCUCAGGAGUGCCCCAUGUACUCCAAAAGACCUGAGCAGAUAGUCUGCUUUGUUUUUUUUUUAUAUAGUGCAUUUGUAUUUUCAGUCCAGUCUAGUUUAUUCUGGUGAACACCCAGGUACUUGUAAGAUUUCACCAUCUCAAUGUCCAUUCCCUGGAUGUUCACUGGUAUAGGAAGAGAGUGUUUGCACCUUCAGAAGUCCAUCACCAGCUCCUUGGUUUUCCCUGCAUUGAGCUGGAGGCGUUUCAGCUGGCACCAAUCCACAAAGCCCUGGGUCAGAUCUCUGUACUCCCUGUUGUCAUCUGUGAUGAGGUCGAUGAUUGCGGAGUCAUCAGAGAACUUUUUAGCAGGUGGCAGUUAGCUGAGUUGCGCGUGAAAUCUGCAGUAUAGCGGGGCCCCCGUGCUGCAGACAACCAUGUCGGACUCACAGUCCCGUAUCCUCACAUACUGUGGUCGGUUGGUGAGGUAGUCCAAGAUCCAUGCUGUGAGCUGGUGGUCCACCCCUGUGCGCUCCAACUUGUCCCUCAGAAGCGGGCAGUGUGGUAUUGAAGGCACUAGAGAAGUCAAAAAACAUUAUUCUCCCAGCCUUUUCCAGGUGAGAGAGGGAUCUAUGUAGGAGGUAGAUGACAGCGUCAUCCACCCCAAUGCCAGGUUGAUAGGCAAACUGUAGCGGGUCCAUUGAAGGGCUCACCAGGGGGCGGAGAUGGACAAGGACCAGCCUCUCCAGGGUCUUCAUCAGGUGCGAUGUCAGUGCCACUGGCCUGUAGCUGUUGAGGUCCUUGGGGUGCGGGGUCUUUGGCACUGUUACCACGCAAGAUGUUUUCCACAGCUGUGGCACUCUCCCCAGCUUCAGACUCAGGUUGAAAAUGUGCUCAACUGUCCCGCACAGCUGGUCUGCACUGUAAUUGGACUAUACCGAGAGAGAGCAGGUGUUUCUUUCAAAUAUUUUUGUACCUCAUAUCAUACAGCAAUCAUGUUUUUCACUAUAUGGUUAGAUGUUCUCUUUUUAAGGUUUUUAGGAGUAUCAGAGUAAAUGUAUGCCGGCAGCUGAAGCUUUACAGAGCUAGACUCAAUAUCUUUCCAUGCUGGCGAGUUUUCUGUUGAAUAAUAGAACUAUAGUUCUAACUUGAGUUGCCUCUGUCCUAAGGUAAAUACAGAAGGGACAAACGAAGUCUGGGGCAUCUAUUUUUCCAUAUAAAGUUAUUGAAUAAUUUCUUUAGUCUAGAAAAGAGAGUUUGGAGGAGGUGGCAAGGGAAUAUUUUGAAAGAGAUAUAAUAAAUUGAGGAGGGUAUUCAUUUUCAGUAUAUUCUACCUAUUUGGGAGAUUGGAAGUGUUGACCAUCUAUCAACUGACUCAUUAGUAGAUGUUAUAACAGGAUUAUAAUUAACUUGUACUACUUCUAAUCUGUGAGUAAUUUGUAUUCCUUAAUAUGUAAAAUUGUUAACUGUUUUGAAGUGACCAACAUGAUUGGGUGGGUUAUUUCUCUCAUCCGAAUUAAAUAGCAAAAUGGAGGAUUUGGAGUUAUUGAUUUUGUAACCGGAGAUAUUGCCAAAUCUUUUAAAGAGAUCCAUAAGAGCUGGAACAGAUUCACCCAAAUGUUUAAGAAAAAGAAUCACGUCUUCCGCAUAAAGAGCUAUGCGAUGUUCAAGUUGACUUAUACAUAUGCCUGAAAUCAGUGUGUGCUCUCUUACUGCAAUUGCUGAAAUUUGACUGCAAUUGUAAAUAAGAAAGGUGAUAAUGGGCAACCCUGUCUACAUCCUCUAUUGAUCUGAAUUGGUUUGGAUAGAUUGUUGUUAGUAACUAUUUCUGCAUAUGGCUUUUUAUAUAAAAGUUUCACCCAAUUACAAAACUUUUCCCCAAGCCCAAAGUAGUUCAAACAGGUAUGCCCAUUCCACCCUGUCAAAAACUUUCUCUGCAUCUAAUGACAGGAAAGCUGUAUCUGGUACCUCUCUCUGGACAUGUAAGAUGUUUAAAACCCUUCUUACAUUGUGAAAUCCCUGACGGCCCACCCAAUAAACCCAUUUUGGUCUCCAUUUAUAAUUCCUGGUAGAAGAAUCUCUAGCCUUUUUGCUAGGAUUUUGCAGAGUAUUUUCAAAUCCAAAUAAUUUAAAAGACUUAUUUGUCUCAGAUUUUCACAUUUACCGUUUGUCUUUCUGAGUUUAGGAAGAAGUGUAAUCAAAGCCCCUCUCAGGGAGGGUGGGAGGAUCCCUUCCCGAAAGGAUUCAGUAAACAUUUUCAGAAGAGGUGCCUUUAAUUUAUAUUCAUUUGAUAAUAUUGUAUCAACCAAGAUCUUAAUUUUUGACUCCAACAUUGUUAAUUUUUGUUUAGCUUUUUUAGAUUUGGAACUUGUAAAAUUAAUGAUCUGGCCCCUAAUAAAAGCUUUAAAAGCUUCCCACCUGGUGCUUGCAGUCGUUUCAGAUGUAUUGACUGUAAAAUAUAAAUCAAUUUGUGCCUCAAGGAAAGAGAUUAGACCUGGAUCUCGCAGCCAUUUCUGUUGCAAUCUCCAUUUUGGUGGAUCCUUUUUCAGCCCUGGAUCUACAUAACUUAAGCUAUUUGGGGUGUGAUCUGAGAUCAGGAUACUGUCAUAAUUACAUUCCUUGAUUCUAGACAUCCGACCUGCAGAGACUAAAAAGUAAUCAAUUCGGGAGUAUGAUUUAUGUGUAUUAGAAAAACGUGAAUAGAAUAAUACUUCAGGGUUUCUAUCUCUCCAUACGUCGCUUAGAUUUAACAACUUGAUAAACUGGUGUAUAAUUUCCCAGCUUUUAGUAUGGGUCUUGUCUAUAUGCGAUCUUUACAGGGGUCUAAUGUACAAUUUAAAUCUCCUGCUAUUAUGUAUUGACCUUUGAGGGAUGAGAAAGUGUAAAACAAAUGCUGAAGAAUUUGGGGUCAUCGUUAUAUGGUGCAUAGAUGUUAACCAAAUUAAGAAAUUCUGUCAAAAGCGUGCCUUGAAUUAUUAGGUAUCUACCUGCUUUAUCGGCAAUUACAUUUGUAAUAUUCAGUGGAAUAGAUUUAUGGAUAAGAGUCAUGACCCCUCUUGCUGGAGUAUUAAAAGGCGCUGAUAAUACCUUACCUUGCCACCUCCUCCUAAUCCUAAUCAGUCCCCCCAGGAUUCUGCGAUUCCGCGAUCGCAGAAAUUUCUGUGGAAUUCUGGGCCAUCCGCGGAAUAGUAGACAAGCCACAGAAUCAUUCAGAAAAUGUAGUACCAAUCACCACCGCUAGAUGUCACUGUCUGCUGUAUGGGUUUGCAGCAGUUAGCUCAGUUGACUGACAAGACGUUGACAGUUUUGACAGGCAGACUGUUGACUGUUGACAGCUAGCAUUUUGUCAUUAUGGAGCGAUUUAUCCGUCCAAUUGCCAAUACAUCAAAAUUGGGACGCAUAUCCGCUGCUGAAAGGCCAAGAUCCUAUCCUAUGUUACGCGAGGAUGGAGAAAAGCUGUUUUGUACAGUGUGCAACAAAGUACUUGAUCAUAGAUGUAAGUCUACAAUCAAUGACCAUCUGAGAUCCAGCCAGCAUCUGAAGAGGAAAAAUGAAUCUCCUGCGUACAUCGCAUUGAAACGCCAAAGAACCAUCACAACGACAAUCGGUAGCAAAACCGUGGCAGCUGAAGAAAGAGAAAAGAUUUGCACUGAAUGGAUUAAGGAUGAAUCUGGGAAAAUCCGCAGCUACCUCAUUGACACAGUCAUCCUGGAUAAAUGCAACCAUUCAACAGUGGCAAAUGCAGCGGUCUACAUGGCAGGUGCUAGGAAGAGGAGGUACUUGAGCUUUCUCAGCACCUCAGGAAAAACCACACGAAUGGCUCCAAACCCUUGUGGUACACGAUGGAAUUUGUGGUACAUGGCAGCAGCUUACCACACAGUGCACUUUUUCCAUGUACAAGGUGUUUUUCGAGGAGGAAAUGGAGAUAUACAGGCAAUCUGCUCCCAACUCACUGGAGAAUCUGCAUGAUUUUACACAAGACAAAGGGCUCUCUGUCACAUUGCAACUACAUCUUAGUAUCAUUGCGGAGAAAUCACAGGUGCUUCUCCAGCUUUGCAACCUGUUUGAAAGCAAAAGGCCCGUCGCAAUGAAGGUGUGUGACUAGGGGUAUAACAAUUGAUUCGGAUCGAUGCAUCGAUACAGAAAGCAACGAUUCAAUUCAAUCGAUUCAACAUGCAUUAAUCGAUUCGUAUCGUUGAGAGCCGAAAAACACAGGCAGUUCUGUCAACGUCUCUGAUUAGUUCUUUUUUCAGUAGUUUUAUAUUGCAUUUCACCAUGUAUCAUCAUGGUAAAUUAUUGUGUUUGUGCAGGUUGCACAAACUCCAGCCUGUCAGGACAUCGAGUACACAAUUUUCCUAACAGGAAAAGGAACGGUGCUAGCUUUUGUGCCUGGGUGCGUUUUGUGCAGGUGAAGAGACGGGACUUCAUGUUGCAUCUGUUACAGAAAACGCGGUCGUGUGUGGCGCUCAUUUUAGACCCCCACCCAUGACAAUAUUCUUUCACCACUCAAAAAUCGUAUUCCGUCAUAGCAACAAGAUAAACCCGACAA